GCCCGACCUGCCGCUGGGGUCGCGGCUUGCUGACGUGUGGGCCCGCAGGUGCCGGCCGACAUGGCGGUGGACAUCACCCUGCUGUUCCGGGCUAGCGUCAAGACCGUGAAGACGCGGAAUAAGGCUCUGGGCCUGGCGGUGGGCGGCGGGGCCGAUGGCACCCGCGACGAGCUGUUCCGCCGGAGCCCCCGGCCCAAGGGCGACUUUUCCAGCCGGGCCCGUGAAGUGAUUUCUCACAUUGGCAAACUGAGAGAUUUUCUUCUGGAACACAGGAAGGAUUAUAUCAAUGCUUACAGCCAUAUCAUGUCUGAUUAUGGGAGGAUGACAGACACAGAGCGUGACCAGAUAGACCAGGAUGCGCAGAUAUUCAUGAGGACCUGCUCGGAAGCAAUCCAGCAACUCCGCACAGAAGCCCACAAGGAGACCCAUUCCCAGCAAGCCAAGGAGCACCGGGCCGCCGUGCUGGACUUCACUGAAGACUACUUAAAAAGAGUGUGCAAGCUUUACUCAGAACAGAGAGCCAUCCGAGUGAAGCGAGUGGUGGAUAAGAAGAGGCUGUCAAAGCUGGAGCCAGAGCCAAAUACAAAGACAAGGGAAUCCACACCUUCAGAGAAAGUCACACAAGAUUCUGAAGACAAGCCUGCCACUGAAGAACAUCCCGAGAAGCUCUUGUCUGAAGCACAGCCGGAGGUGGGAGCGUGGGGUGAUGGCAAGGGUGAAGACGAGCUGUCCCCGGAAGAAAUACAAAUGUUUGAACAAGAAAAUCAGCGGCUCAUUGGAGAAAUGAACAGCCUGUUCGAUGAAGUGAGGCAAAUUGAAGGGAAAGUGGUUGAAAUUUCCAGACUCCAAGAGAUAUUCACCGAAAAGGUUUUGCAACAGGAAGCCGAGAUCGACAGCAUCCACCAGCUCGUGGUUGGGGCCACUGAGAACAUCAAGGAGGGCAACGAGGACAUCCGGGAGGCCAUUAAGAACAACGCCGGCUUCCGCGUGUGGAUCCUCUUCUUCCUGGUCAUGUGCUCCUUCUCGCUGCUCUUCCUCGACUGGUAUGACAGCUAGCUCGCGGUGGCCGAGGCUGCAUGGACCUCUCAGACACAGCCGGCACCCUCGGGCUCGGUGCCAGGGCACGGCCGUGCCAGGUGGAUGAUGGGAGGGCAGCGGCUGAGACAGGAACUUCACGGAAAGGAAGCCGAGGAAGGCAGCCCGCUGAAAGCUGGGAGGCACAGGACUGGAACGUGUGGAGGUGGCAGGGCCACGUGGCCAGCAGCCUCUCUGCCGAGACCACGUAGGGCGUGAGGGGCCUGUUCACCCUGCACACGUCGUUGGCUCUCCUGCCCUGCCCAGCCCAGGAGGCUCAGGCAAGACCCCAGCUAGAAGCACCCCUCCCAAAAUGGCUGUCUCUUGCUUCCUGUGGCUUCUUGCCUGCCCGAGUCCCUGAUUCCAAGUCGGUGUCGUGGAACAGUCCACGUGAAUGUAAUAAAUGUGACUCCAGCCA